AGCAACCACUCCUUCCUGACCCUUUUUCUUAUCCCUUCUCACUAGCUGCUUUGUAUUAUUGCUGUCAUAUAUGUAUACAUAAAAUGUCAUGUUUACAAACAACCUAUUGAUUGCUUUCCAAUUGAACACAAACUUGGCUUCAAAAAUGUCAAACUUGCUUUGCUUGCUUUUGAUUUUCCUGCUUGUUAUUGCUUGCUCAAACCUUGUACUCUGUCACUCUGUGGUUGAGUCUCUUCCUGGAUUUGAAGGACCCCUUCCCUUUGAACUCGAAACCGGGUAUGUGGGUGUGGAUGAAGCUGAGGAUGUACAACUUUUUUACUACUUUGUUAAGUCUGAGUCCAACCCCAAAGAAGACCCUCUGGUCCUUUGGUUGACAGGAGGCCCAGGCUGCUCUGGCUUCUCUGCUUUCAUUUAUGAAUUAGGUCCACUAAAUUUUGAGGUCAAGCAGAAUGAUGGGAGUUUGCCAACUUUAGUCUUGAAUCCAAACUCAUGGUCAAAGGUAUAUUGAAUACAAGGGUGAGCCUAUUAUUAUCAUACUCGUUUUAUUUACUAUUAAAAACGAUUAUAUAUAAACUAUCUGAAGCAUUAAAAUGUUAUAUGUUGCCUUGACGGCAACCAGAUUUUGUCUAAUAAUUGGCCACUUGGAAUGAAAGGUUUACUUUUCCAUCUAUUUAUUAUUUAUUUUUAAAGUCAAACAAGAAGAAAUAAUAUAAUUACAAAUUUUUAAACCAAACCAAACUAAGC